CACUCAGCUCGAGUUGGUUGUCUUCCUUGGACCAAUCUCUCACCCACUCCCACUCCCCCCAUCAGCCGAGCCUCUCUCUCUCCCUUUCUCUCUCGCACCCACAUAUGGCGUCAAAGUAAGCCGUCAGAGAGACAUACACAGAGAGGGAGAGAAACAGGAAAGAGAGAUAGAUCUUCCAAACAUGGCGUCGCGGCUCUGCAAAGUUGAAAAAGCUGAUCUCUUUUUUCUUCUUUUUUAAAUUUUUUCUUCGACUGUCCUUGCUCGGCUCAGAUCCGGCUUAAUUAGAUCUAAGCAGCCAAAUCUCUCUCUCUCUCUCUCUCUCUCUCUCUCUCUCUCUCCUUGCUUUGAUAAUUUGAUCUCCCUCCAUUUCCCCCCCCCUCUCUCUCUCUCUCUCCUCCUCUUUGUCUCUUCAUCGAGCUUCUUCUUUCUGUUUCACUGUUGUUGGUUCUGUUCUGCUUCUUCUUCACUUGAUGAAUGCUACAGCUUCUAGCUCUGAGAGGGGGAGAAGAAGAAAGAAGAAAUACCCAGUUGAAUUGGGUGAUCAAUGAUUCUGCUUAUCAUAAUUGGGACUUGAAAUCUACAGAGAAAUAAAAAGGAGGGAAGGAUUUGUGUUGUUGUCAAGGUUUCAUUUUCUCAUGAAUUUCGAGACAGGAACUGUGAGUGGUAGAGCUGAAAACCAAAUGGACUGGAAUGUAAAUAACGCUUUUAAAACUUACAAAGAUAUUGAACCUAAAUCAGUGAUGGAUAUGGCAAUCAUUCAAAAUGUUGAUCCGAUAGAUAUUGGAUUGGGCACUUCGGAGAAGGCAAAUCCUGUAGUUCCAACAAAAAGAAAGAAGACAAUGACAUCGGUUUAUCUCAAGUAUUUUGAGACUGCUCCGGAUGGAAAAAGUCGGAGGUGCAAGUUUUGUGGACAGAGCUAUUCUAUUGCAACUGCCACAGGCAAUUUGGGAAGGCACCUCAGCAAUCGGCAUCCAGGAUAUGAUAAGUCUGGAGAUUCAGUCACCACUUCAGCACCACAACCCAUCACUGUGAUCAAGAAAGCUCAACCUCAGGGGAAAGCAAAUGUGGAUUAUGAUCAUCUGAAUUGGUUGCUCAUUAAGUGGCUCAUUUUAGCUUCUCUUCCUCCUUCAACUUUGGAGGAAAAGUGGUUGGCUAACUCAUUUAAAUUUCUAAACCCAUCAAUACAGCUCUGGUCAGGGGACAAGUACAAAGCAGUAUUUCGUGAAGUUUUCAGGAGCAUGCAAGAAGAUGUGAGGACAUCAUUGGAACAGGUUUCUUCUAAGGUUUCAAUCAUUUUGGAUUUCUGGACUUCUUAUGAGCAGAUAUUCUAUAUGAGUGUCACUUGUCAAUGGAUAGAUGAACAUUGGUGCUUCCAAAAGAUUCUUCUUGACAUUUGUCAUAUACCUUACCCUUGUGGUGGUUCUGAGAUCUAUCAUUCCCUAAUUAAGGUUCUUAAGAUGUACAAUUUAGAGAAUAGAGUCCUCUCCUGCACCCAUGAUAACAGUCAGAAUGCCAUCCAUGCCUGCCACACCCUGAAAGAGGAUUUAGAUGGUCAGAAAGUGGCUCCAUUCUGCUAUAUUCCUUGUGCUGCCCGUGCCUUGAAUUUGAUUAUAGAUGAUGGCUUAAGAACCACAAAACCAGUUAUCUCUAAGAUCAGGGAGUUUGUAUUAGAGUUAAAUUCCUCAGGAGAGAUGGCAGAAGAUUUUAUUCAAAUAACUACCGCUUAUCAGGAAGGAAGUUGGAAAUUGCCACUUGAAACUUCAGCACGGUGGAGUGGUAAUUACCAAAUGCUUGAUCUAGUGUGCAAGGCUGGUAAGUCUAUGGAUAGUGUUAUAAGGAAGUACGAUGAAACAUUAGGUGGUAGAAUGGUGCUUAGCUCUGCAGAAAAGAAUGCAGUUAAUAUCGUGCAUGGAUAUUUGGAGCCUUUCUACAAAACGACCAAUAAUAUAUGCACAAACAAGUUACUAACCAUUGGAUUAGUUCUCUUCUUCAUGGAUCAUAUUUCUGAGAUGAUUACCAUAUGCAGAGAGUCUCGUCACAGCCCAGAUUGGCUUAAAAAUGCUGCAGAAGAAAUGGCCAAGAAGGCCAGGAGUUACAACAAUCAGGUUUCCAACAUAUUCACCUACAUGACUGCAAUUCUUGAUCCCCGAAUAAAAAGUGAGCUCAUCCCUGAGAGCCUUGGCACAGGAAAUUAUCUAGACGAAGCCAGAAACCAUUUCAUAAGAAAUUACUCUUCUAGCCAUUUUUCAUCCAUGACAAGUGGGUAUGGUAGUCAAGAGAUUGAAGAUGGAGGCAGUGUUUCUUUCGCAGAGGAAAUUGCUCGAAAAAAGCGCAGGGCGAGCUUGAACAAUGCUACUGAUGAACUUACUCAGUAUCUAUCAGAGACUCCUGCUCCAAUACCAACAGAUGUUCUAGAGUGGUGGAAGGUCAAUAGCACGCGGUACCCUCGGCUUUCUACAAUGGCAAGGGACUUUUUGGCUGUACAGCCUACUUCAGUAGCACCUGAAGAACUAUUCUGCAGUAAAGGUGAUGAGAUUGAUAAGCAACGGUUUUGUAUGCCACAUGAUAGCACACAAGCCAUUUUUUGCAUUAGGUCAUGGACUCAAGGAGGGAUCAAGUUGAAGUACAAAUCAACAGAGAUAGAUUAUGAGAGGUUGAUGGAGUUGGCAGUAGCUGCUACAGCAGAUAACGGUAAUGCUGGGUCUGAUAAAAAACAAAAAUUGAAGAAUGAAAAUUGCUGAUUAUAAUUGGGGGAUGGAAGCAGAAAACAUUUUCUGCCAUUAAUCUAGGUUGUAUCCUUCGUAGUCUGUAAUUUAGGUUGCUCACAAGAGGAAACUGGUUUUCAAUAAUUUUCUUGUUAAUGUUGUAUGUAUCAAUAUUAUGUAUUUGUGUACAGUUCAAGCUAAUUAGAGAGGCUAACAGGUUAAUCUCA